UCAGUCUGCGCGAAAUCUUUACCCGGUGAGGUUGCUCUCCACUCAUACUAAUAUUUAUUUUUCUUUAAAGCAUUUUUUUUCAAAAUUAAUAUUAAAAAAAAAUUGUUUCACAUCAACAAUAUAGUAAACAAAUAAUUAAUUACUCAGUGAUUAUUUUUAUUUUGAAUUUUCAAAUUCCAAUGGUGAAAGGUGGACGAUAAUUUUUACUUCGCAUUAACCUGUUAAAAACCCAAUAAUAAUAACAAAAAUAAAUAACAAUAAAUUUAAAAGAAAUUUAAAACUCCCGCGGAACGAGUGGGUAAAAAUAUAGACAGUAAAAUAAGUUUAAAUAUAUCCAGACAAUGCAGAACGAGGUGCGACAGAGGCCGAUCGAGCACUCGUGCACAGAAUCACUACCGGAUAUCGCAGUGACAAUGGCCACUGGACAAGAAAUCCAUGACGUCUUUAGUUUGAUAGUAGAUGACGUGGAUUCAUCAUCAAUUUUGAGUGAUAGCCCAGACACAGAGGGUCUGUCAACAGAAAGCAAUAGCUCACGUAAUUCGACGUCACAAACACCACUAGAUAGUCCUGGUGGGCCACGUGAGAGGAUUAAACAGAUUCAGGUCGAGGCUGAAACUCGUCGAGACGAAUUUGCCAGACUACUUGAAGAGCACGCACAAGUUGUACGAAAACUAAAGAUGAUGGAAGCUGAAGAGCAACUCUCAUCAUCGUCUAAUAAUGUCGUCGAUCCAACACACGCAUGAUUCAAAACUAUUUUUUUAUUUUAAUAUUUAACGGGACCACGUCAGCUCCACUAAGUUAUCAUUAAUUUUUUUUUUUUAAUUACUAUUUUUUAUUCUACUUGCUGAUGAUGUCCUUCAGGUAUUAGAUUUCGUGAUAAAUAUUUUACUUUAACUAGCAAACGGUACUUAUUCCAACACACAAAAGUGUACUAAAGUAAACCGUAUGAACGAAAAUACUUUUGUUUUUGUUAAAAUUCUUUUUUAAAAUUUUUUUUUUUAUUAAUGUCUACUCUUGUUUCUCGUAUUUGUUCUCAUAUUAUCUCUUGUGUCACCUGACAUACGACAAUAAUGAAGAAUGUGUUGACGUUAUGCACUUGUUUAUGAAAGAAAGAAAUUCUUUUUUAAUUACAAAUAAAAUAUAUAUAGAUAUAUACCGUGUAAAAAAAAUUCGUUCCAAAAACAUUUCUGACAGUCAUUUUUUAAAAUUGAGACAGUUUUUAAUUUUAAGUUGAACAUUUUUAGAAUUUUGAAAUAAUUACAAGUGUGAAAAAUUUCAAACUACUGUAGACUUUUCUUAUGAGUUUAUAAUUUUUUAAACAACAAUGAUUUAAAUUAACAACUACGUAAGUUCAUAAAACUCUGGCGGGUCCGAAUUAUGGUAAAUUAUGAUAACCACCGUAAUUUACGACGAAUUCCUGCAAUUUACGGCAGAAGUUCGGUAUUUGACCGUAAAUUGACAGCAAGUGGACGAUAAUUUACCGUAAAGUCAAGUAUUGCACUGUAGAAAUAAAAACAUACGGUGCUUAUGGUAAACAUACCGGUAAAUUACCCAUUAUUUACCGCAACUCAGUGUAAGAUACCGUAAAUUGCCACACAGGCUGUAUAUUGCCGUACAUUGCGGUAAAGUUCCCGUAAAUCCGCAUUUUACGGUAAAUUGACAUCAUUUAGAUCUGUCAGGGAAAGUUUAUAAUUGGUUCGAACCACUAAUUUUUUUGGACUAAUUUUGACUGUGUCUAAAAAUAUGAAACUGAAGCAAGUGACCGUAAGAAGUAGCGGCCAGUAAUUUUUUGCGUGGCCGCUACUUAUUUUGGCCGCUAUCUUCAGCUUCUAGUCAAAAAGUUCAAAAAAAGUGACCUUCUCGAAAAGUUAUAAUAAAAGUCAGAAAAGUCUACACCUGUUGAAAAUUUUUCACUUUCUAAUAUUUUUAAAGUUCCAAAAAUAAUCAAAUUUGAAAUUGGUUCAAUUUUGAAAAUUCGUUGUCAUGAAAAUUUUUUGAAAAAAUUUUUUUUCCAUAGGUAUAUAAAGUUAUGCAUAACAUCGUUGGCCUAAUGAUUUUUUGUACAAAAUAAAGGAUACAGAGGGUGAUAAAGAUAACAAUCGAGAAAUAAAAAUAGACAUUGUUGAUAUAUUACUUAUAUAAAGUAGAAUUGAAUGCUAUAAUUUCAUAAUAAUCCAGGUAAAAAAUUGACAGUUGAUAGAAUUAUCACGAGUCAUCUGUACUGAGUGAGUUAAUCACGCUAUUAAUUAAAGAGAAAAUAAAUAAUAAUUAUCAAUUUAUAUAUCGACAGUAACAAUAAUGUUAAUAAAUAAUUAAAUAAAACUGUGUAGAAUAUAAAAGCUAUAUUUAGAUAAAUGUCAAUCGCUUUUUAAAUAACCAAUUUUUUUUUAUUUACAUUUCCUAGCGAAUCCGAAUUACAGUAAACUACCGUAAAUUACGAAAAUUACCGUAAUUUACGACACUCGGAAGAAUACAUUUUACCGCAAAUUACUACAUUUUGCGGUAUUCUGCAAUAAAUUGGGCUAUUUUGCGGUAAAGGUACGGUAAUUUACGACGACUCUGCGGUACUGAAGGAAAAAGUUCGGGAAUUUUCGGUAACGUUGCAGUAUUUUCGGUAAAUUAAGGUAUUUCGAAGUAAUUUGCGAUGUAAGUACAGUAAUUUACCUAAAUUCGCUACAAUCCUGCGGUAUUUUACCGCAAAUUUACGGUAACAUUACGAAAUUUGGUCGUAAAUUUGUAGUUGACUGUCAAAAUGCGACAUUUUACCGUAGUGAAGUAUUUCACUGAGUUACCCAUAGUGGAUCCAAAUUACGGAAAAUUACCGAAUUUUACCGUAAAAUACUGUAAUUUACUACAAAUUUGCCGCAAAUUACAAAAAAUUGCCGUAAUUUACGGUAGAAUGCCGCAAUUUGCCAUAAUUUACGGCAAAAUACCAUAUUCAACAGUAAUUCUUUCGAAUACCGUAAAUUCCAGUAAUUUACAGUAAACUACUAAAAACUGUAGUAAAAUAUCGCAUUGUCGCAAUUUUACCGCAAAAUUUGCCGUCAAAUACGGUAGUUUACCGCAGUUUUCGGUAGUUUACUGUAAAUUACGGAAAUUUGCGGUAAAUUACGGCAACCCUUCCGAAUGCCGUAAAAUUCGGUUAUUUACGGUAAACUACGGUAAUUUACCGUUAUUGGGAUCUGCUAAGGAUGCUAAUAGUGCCACAAAUAACCAUGUUUUUGCCGUAAAUUACUGUAUAUCUGAUCGAAAACUACCGUAUUAUUCCGUAAUUUACCUUAAUUGGCCUCAAAUUACCGACAAACGCAGAAAAUUUAUCGUAACUUUUUUAUUAAUCGUCUUAAACAGCAAAUUUACCACAAAAUUACGGAAUUUUACCGUAAGGCAUGCCACCGCGUUACGGUAAAAUUACCACGGGCUGUCGUAAGUUACCUGAGCUGUCGUAAAUUUUGGUAUUUUCCGUAAUUUGGCGCAAAUUACCGUGAAAUUGCGGUAAAAAUACGGUAAUGUACCGUAAUUCGGGUCGGCUGGGAAAUUUUAAUUUGCGAUUAUUAUGAUAUAUAUUUUAAAACAAUAACUAGAUUACUUGGUGCUGUACAGUGACUAAAUAUAAAAUAAUUAAAAGCAGCAAUUUGAUAAUUGCAUAAAGCAGGUAUGAUCUUGGCAAUAAUUCUUUUAAAUAAAUAAAGAAAAAAAAAAUAUAAAAUAAUCCACAAAUGAGGGAAGACUGCAGAGCGAGAUACAAAUAUAUUAGAAGAUAAUUUUUAGCCUUUUCGUUAUACUUAGAUCGUAUCAAACAGUAAUGAUAAUUAAUAAAUAUAAUGAAGAAUAAUUAUAGUGAUAUAAAAAAAAAGAAAAUAAAUGAAUAAAUAAACAUAUAUAUAAAUACUAGUAAUAUAAUUAUUUGAGUGAUUAUUUUUAGCGAUAUACAUUUUACCAAUUUUGUAAUGAAGCAUUUGUAUAAAGUAAACAACAAUAGCUUUUAACUAAAGGUUAUGUAUGAAACAAUAAUUGUUCAUAAAUUUUAUUUGUAUGCGUAAUUACUGUAUUAUUUCGCUUGUCUUUGUACCGAUUAGAUUGUA